GCCCUUUCUUCUCCCCUCUCUCCCUCUGUCUUCCUUCCGCCAUAGCCUGCACUCAUACGAAGCUCGGUGCUCGCCUUCUCCUCUACGUAUAUACGUACUUUCGACGCAAAUGUACGUAUAAAGGCCCACCACCUGACGGGUCACCACCACCACCGCACCACCUCACCAUCUUCUCUCUCUCUCUCUCAUCCAUUCAUUGUCAGUACGUACAGGCGUUAACAGGGAGGGAGAGCCCCGGGGGGCCCCAUUGCCAGCGGCAGGGCCGAUAAUACAAUUCCGACUAAAUAAAUAAAUGAUAUUAGACUGAUUAGCUGUGUCGUCUGUGAUUUGAUUGGUGAUAUCCCUUCUGGUGGAUUCUGCUCCGCACUAUGGUCGGCGUUCGGCUUCGACAAAAGCUUCCCUGACGAACGUCCUUUCGGUGGCUCAGGCGGUUUGAGCUGAGUUGGGGAUUUCGGGCUGCUUUGUUCCAUCCUUCUUCUUCCCUCCAAUUGCUUUGCUGCCGGGGGCUCUGAUUUGAGGUUUGAGGAGGUGAACCGUUGGGGUUGUGCUCAUCUGAUUGUUGAGCUAGGAGCCGAGUGUGGAGUAGGGCUUUGCACUGACGGGACGAAGAGGAAGAGGGGAAUCGAGAGGAACUUUCUAAAUGGCCGUGCAGUACAGCUGCUGCGAGACGAACUUCUUCAUACACAUUCUGAUCAUCGUCCUGCUGGUAAUGUUCGCGGGCAUGAUGUCUGGACUAACCCUAGGGCUCAUGUCGCUGAGCCUCGUCGAUCUCGAAGUCCUUGCGAAGUCGGGCACUCCCAGAGAUCGCAAAUACGCGGCUAAGAUACUGCCUGUUGUCAAGAAUCAGCACUUGUUGCUCUGCACCCUUCUAAUAUGCAAUGCUGCUGCCAUGGAGGCACUCCCCAUAUUUCUUGACAGUUUGGUGAUUGCAUGGGGGGCUAUUUUGAUAUCCGUGACAUUGAUACUUCUCUUUGGGGAGAUAAUUCCACAAUCCGUUUGCUCACGGUAUGGUUUGGCUAUUGGCGCUACUAUGGCUCCAGUGGUCCGUGUUCUUGUUUGGAUCUGCUUUCCUGUUGCAUAUCCAAUAAGCAAGCUCCUGGACUUUUUACUGGGCCAUGGACAUGUAGCUCUCUUUCGCAGAGCUGAGCUGAAGACACUUGUGAACUUGCAUGGUAAUGAGGCUGGAAAAGGUGGAGAGCUGACACAUGAUGAGACAACAAUUAUUGCCGGAGCACUUGAACUCACAGAGAAAACAGCAAGUGAUGCCAUGACUCCUAUAUCAGAUACUUUUGCUAUUGAUAUCAAUGCCAAGCUCGAUAGGGAGUUGUUGAACACGAUUUUGGAGAAGGGGCACAGCAGGGUCCCAGUAUACUAUGAGCAGUCUACUAACAUCAUUGGAUUGGUUCUGGUAAAGAAUUUGUUAACCGUCCAUCCUGAAGAUGAAGUACCGGUGAAAAAUGUCACCAUCCGGAGGAUCCCAAGAGUUCCAGAGACGAUGCCUCUGUAUGACAUACUGAAUGAGUUUCAGAAAGGGCACAGCCACAUGGCUGUUGUUGUAAGGCAGUCUAGUAAGACACAGGAGAAUUCUGCUAACAACAGCAAUAAUGACAGUACAGUGAGAGAUGUGAAAGUAGAUGUUGAUGGUGAGAGGCCAUUACAUGAGAAGAUAUUAAAGACGAAGAGAUCACUCCAAAAGUGGAAGAGCUUCCCGACUGGUGGGAACAACGCGGAUCGCGGAAAUACUCCAAGGAGCAAGAAGUGGACAAAUUACAUGUACGCAGAUAUCCUGGAGAUAGAUGGGAAACCCCUUCCGAAACUUCCUGAAGAAGAGGAAGCCGUUGGCAUAAUAACAAUGGAAGAUGUCAUUGAAGAGCUGUUGCAGGAGGAGAUCUUCGAUGAGACGGAUCAUCAUGAUGAAUACUCAUGACAUUGACCGUGUGCACGAAUGAUAAUGCAGAAUGGGUAGGCAUGUUUACUUGAAUCCGUUUAGUCCUUUUGAUACUUUUAGUGACACCUGAAUGUUGCAGUUGAAACUGAAGGGAGGAUCUAUCGCAGUUGAAAUCAAACGGAAAGUUCAGGUUUCAGUAACAUUUCUUUGUUCGAUCGAGAGUAAUAGUGUAUAGGUAUUCCGUGUAAUGCUGACACUGAGGUGAUACAUAAUAUGGAGGAGAAACUCUAGUUCAUCAUGAAGUUGUACAUUCUUUUAUCUCAAUUCCGUUUUGAAGCUA